AUGCAGCAUAGUUGACUUUGCCUUGUCGCGAUGAUGCCGUACAGCUGAAUGCCAAAACACCGAGUUUCAUCAGCAGCAAUGUCUACCUAUAUCCUCGGUGUAGACGUGGGCACAACGUCGGUCAAAGCUGUUUUAUUUGAAACUGGCUCCAGGUCGGUGGCUGCCAGUCACGCUUUGCCAACUUCGUCUGAUAUAAUAGACCACAGCGGGAUACAGGCGAAAGAGCAGGAGACCGGCCGGAUCAUAGACACUCUGAACCGGUGCAUCGGCCUGCUGUCCAGAGACAAACUGCAGCAUGUCACCAGCAUCGGGCUGUCCGGACAGAUGCACGGGGUCUUACUCUGGAAAGCAAGGAGCGGUUGUGUUUGGUCCAAGAGGGAUUUCUUCACAAGCGGAGACACCAGUCAGCUGAUCACCUGGCAGGAUGGGCGCUGCAGCAGCGACUUCCUGUCCUCUCUUCCCAAACCAGACUCGCAUCUCAGCGUAGCCACGGGGUUUGGCUGUGCAACAAUCCUCUGGCAUGCAAAGCACAGGCCUGAGUUCCUUGAGGACUUCACCGUUGCAGGUACCAUCCAGGACUAUGUGGCCUCCAUGCUGUGUGGUUUGGACGGGUGUGUGAUGACGCCCCAGAACGCAGCCAGCUGGGGCUUCUUCAACACCUCCUCCAACCAGUGGAAUACAGACAUCCUGAAGGGUGCCGGCUUCCCUUUGCACCUGCUUCCUCAGUGUGUGCCAUCUGGUGGCUUGGCGGGACAAACGUGCUCUGACUGGCACGGUAUCCCUGCUGGUACGCCAGUGGGGGCUGCCCUGGGAGACUUCCAGUGCUCUGUCUACUCCUGCAUGAGUGCUCGGACAGAUGCAGGUGAAACAGGAAGUCUGGGCAUUCCUCUCAGGGCCGGGCUUUAUGCAGUACUUUUCAUGCACUUCAGAUUAAAGACUCCAUUACGGCUGUACCAUGAGGUUUUGCAUCCAUUAGAUUUCUUCUAAUGCACUACCGAUUAUGCUUCAAUACACUGUAGUUAAAAACAGCAAAGAGAACAAUAGCAAAGCAUAAGAACGGUUUAACAUAACAAUAAAGUCAGUACACAGCAGUAAAUACCCAUGUCUUAGUCUGGACUCAUUAUGUUUGAGCACGCAUAGGAAAACAAAUCCAUUAUAGAUCAAGUGUAAUCCUGCCAUCAGUGCCUCUUGCAUGAGCUGUUAGUUCAUAUGCCGUAGAUGACAGUUUGCAUCUGUCUCCUAAUUUCGCAGUUCUUAACAUAAGCACCUCAGCCCAG